UCGGCCAGGGCCUGCGCAGGACCUCCCCUGCCCCCCACUGGUAGACUGCCUCUGCCCCUGGAGGUUCCCCGUGGGCAGCCAGCCAGCCGGGACCGCUCCCUCGGGCACCGCCCGCGCGCCUCCUCCCCGCAGCCCGGCGGCGCUGCUGAGCUCGUCCGGUGACGGUGGCGGCGGGGAAGGAGGAGGCGAGGAGGCCCGCAACGCUCCGCAGCCCCCCGCAGCGCCCGGCGGAGAUGGCCGCGGAGGACGCCGCCAAGGUCGUGGUGACGUUUGAGGACGUGGUGCUCUAUUUCUCCCUGGAGGAGUGGGCGAUGCUGACAGCCUGGCAAAGGCACCUGUACCAGGAGGUCAUGGAAGACAACUUUGACCUGGUGGCCUCGCUAGGGUCCCAAAUGCUUCCCAAACCAGAGCUGAUUUGCAAAAUGGAGCAAGGGGGAGAGCCCUGUGCCCUGGGUCUCCCUGGGCAGGGGGGAAUGGAUGCCUGCAGGACCCCCAUUUCCGCUACCGGGAGCCCAAGCGCGCAGGAUCCAGCCACUGAGGACUGGCGCCCCCUGGUGUCCCCAAACGGUGCUGCCUUGGCAGCAGAUGCCAGUCUCCUGAAGGCGUGCCCCAGCUGGAGUGAGUCGAAGCUGCCAGACGCUGCAGGGAGCGCCUCACCUGGCCCCUGGGCAUGGAAGGAGGGCCGGGGCUCUCUGGGGGCGGGAUCCCUGGGGCAGGCGGAGUUGCAGAUCUGCGAGUGCGGGAGGAGCUUUGAGGACAUGGCCUCCUUGUGCGAGCACCAGGGCCUCCACAGAGAGGAGAAGGGCCCUUUCACCUGCACCUCGUGUGGGAAACUCUUCCAGCACCACCUCAACCUCCUGAGCCACAAGAAGCACCGUGGGAAGAAGCGGCACGCCUGCCCAGGCCCUGGGGGGCCAGUUCUGCCUCAAAGGAGGACUCCAGUUCUCGGCGCAGGCGAGCCAGCGCCAUGAGGGGCCUCCACCCACUGCACGGCUCCUGGAAGCCUGCUCUUCAGGCACAAGAG